AAAAAAAACCGAACGAACUUUAAUUAUUCUAAUAUUUUUUUAUGCAAUUAAUAUUGCGAAUGGCAAAAGCUUAAUAACUAUAGCUCACAAAUAAUGAUUGUCUGUGGAGGUACUACGUAAGAGUAAAAAAUAAUAAGAAACGUAGAAUACAAAGUGAAGACGCGAACCAGAAAAAAAAUUAUCAGCUGAAGUUUGACAAUUUGCUGUUUGAAGCAUAAUCAAAAUUUGUGACUGUGGGCAAAAGUGAAAAUUAUUUUGUUUUACCGCUAGUAGACGAUGCCCGAACCCCGGAAUCCAAUGGCAAGUUUUGCCCAGUCAGUAAGCAAUAUUAUCGAUGGGCCAGUAACAUGGUUCAGAGAAUCUAUUGUUGAGCCUAAUCAGAAAAAGCAAGCUUGGUAUCAUCAACGUUUUCAACGUGUUCCUACAAUCGACCAGUGCUACACUGACGAUGCUGUUUGCCGUUUUGAAGCCGAUCAACAAUUUCGCCGGGAUCGAAUGGUUGAAAAUGAAAUCGUGUCGAUUUUACGCCAACGCUUCGAAGAUUGUGUAAUGUAUGAAACGCCCGACCAUAUUAAAAAAUGCAAGCCUAUUUUAGAACAAUAUGAGAAAGCUGCUGAAAAUUGGUUUAUCAAAUAUGGGGAUUUAGGUGGCUAUGCUAAUGCUAAAACGGCAUACAUGAAGCAGAAACAUCGUUUGAUCUGGGAGCGUCGCCAUGGACAAGUUGGCAGUGGAAUGAAAACAGAGGAAGUAUCAUCUAGUUUUGCUGCGGACGAAGAGUAAAACAGAUUCCAAACGAAAAUUAUCAUUUAUGUAUGUGACAGUAUACCAUGCAUUGAAAUUAAAAAGCAAACUUAUGAUACUUUUAAGAACAAUGCUCAAUUGUCUUUUGUCUCUAUGCACUCAAUAUAUAGCGUAAUAUAUACUUCUUUCUUGCUGAUAUAUAUAGGCACAAUAGUUUGAAUUCGCUAUAAAGCAGUGUAAUAUUAUAUAAUGAUGCGUCCUUUAAUAAAAGUAUUGUACAAUA